CUCCGGUGGGCUUUCUCCUUUCUUUCCUCAGUUGUCCUGAUCGGGGAGUCCGGGGUGGGGAAAACCAACCUGCUCUCCCGCUUCACCCGCAACGAGUUCAACCACGACAGCCGCACCACCAUCGGCGUGGAGUUCUCCACCCGCACGAUCUUGGUGGGAGACGCCGUGGUGAAGGCUCAGAUCUGGGACACGGCUGGGCUGGAGCGGUACCGUGCCAUCACCUCUGCGUAUUACCGGGGGGCUGUGGGCGCCCUGGUCGUCUUUGACAUCACCAAGCACCAGACGUACGAUGUGGUGGACCGCUGGCUGAAGGAGCUGUAUGACCACGCCGAGGCCAGCAUCGUUGUCAUGCUGGUGGGGAACAAGACCGACCUCGUGCAGGCUCGGGAGGUGCCCAUGGAGGAGGCGAAAAUGUUUGCAGACAACAACGGGCUGCUCUUUGUCGAGACCUCGGCGCUGGACUCCACCAACGUCGAGCAGGCGUUCGAGACCAUCCUGAAGGGUACAUACACCGGCACCGUG